GCCGCUAUGAACGAGACGGUGGUGCGGCGGACGCAGGAUUCCUUGGGGCGAGUGAUCCGCAAGCCGCCGCUGAGGGACCGGCUGCUGAGUAAGCCGCCCUUCCGCUACCUGCACGACGUGAUCCCGGAGGUAAUUAGAGUGACAGGUUUUAUGAAAGGACUUUACACGGAUUUUGAAUUGAAAUCAGAUAACGUUAAGGAAGAAGCUAAACAAAUUCCCGUGGAUCAAUUAGGGCAGAAAUUAUUGGAGAAAAAAGGGGUGUCCUGGAAUAAGAAAUACCAAAAACAGUAUGGAGCAUUACGAAAGUAUUUGCAGAAUCAUCCUCAGAUAUUUCAGUUCAGUCCUGAUGAAAAUAAGGUUGGUCUGAAGGCAAAACACAAGCUCCCGUUUAAGUCCGAUUCUCGAGGACGAGAUCUCCAAAGCCCUCCUCAGAAGAACGAGGUCCAGUGGAAUUCAGAAAAAGAACCUGCAAGGCUAAGGGACAGUUCUGCUGGUUGCCAUUGGUUUGAUCUGAAUGAUUCCAAAGUCCAGCCGAUCAAGGAGAAGGAUAUUGAGAAACAAUUUCAGGGUAAAGAGAGUGCCUACAUGCUGUUUUAUCGAAAAUCUCAGUUAAAAAGACCGCAUGAAGCGCAAGGAAAUCCAAGGUACCAAAUUCCUGAACACCUUCUGAAUGAAAUGAAUGCUGCUAAUACUGAGCUGCAAAAAAAGAGAGCGGAAUGUGACUCGGCAAACAACGGCAUUGAUUUACAUCUCCAUUUGAGCUCCUGUUAUAAAUUUCACCAUGGGGCUUUGCAUCCUUCACGUACUUGGAAAGAGAGUGUUGUGGAUUUGACUAUUGAUAGAAGAAAAACGCUCGGAGAGCUUCGACAAUCAGUGUUCCAGAUGUUGGAAUGUUGGGAAGGAGACAUGAUUCUCAGUAUUGCCAAGCCUUUACCGGCAGGACUGCAUCUUUACCAGAUACUUGAUGGAGAUGAGCUGCCACUGGAUGGCGUUGGGCUGGCUGAUGGAGCAGACAUCUUUGUGUGGAAUGGGAAAGAGGUUGGUGGUACAAAGGUGAUGACAGGCCCUGAUCAUGAACCUGUGGUCGUAAACAUUCUUCGUUUAGCGGAGUAUAACGAAGGAGGGAAGGGUCAGCAUUUCACAGAAUCGCAGCACGUCUUUUCACGCAGCACAAAACUGGGUGAUCUGCGCAGAGCCUUAGCACCAUCAGGAGGAAUCAUGCUAAAGAACGGCUCAGGACCGGAUAAAGAAGGCAAGAACUGGGAAGUUUUUCGUGAAGAAGAUAUGAAGGAAACAGUCAAAAGUGUUGGUCUGACGGAUGGGUGCUCAGUACUAAUCUUAGACAGCCAUGACCAGAGCUUCGUGAAUGUGUCAAGUGGCAAUUUGACUGCUUUUACGUAUGACAUCAGCUGGCUCCAAGUUCAAAACUUCUGCAGAACGGAUGACGAAGAGCAACACGUUAAAAUUACAGCCACUAUUGAAACAGUGAUGUCAGAUAUCAAAAUGAAAGCAAUACGGGAGCUUCAGCUGGAGGAGGAACUAGCAAAUGACAGCUGUCUUAGACCUGUUAGCGGAAAUGGGAAACUUCUGUCUCCAGGGAAAUUGCCUGAGGAUUAUACCGUCAAGGAAGCGGAACUGAAAAUGGGAAGCCUGCUAGGGCUGUGUCAUGGGAAAGCUCCAGCUUCCACUCAGCUGUUCUUAUAUUUUAUGGUUGGGAGUGACCAAAACGCAAGCCCGGAGAUGGAGAUAGUUGUGGAAGAGACUGCCUCUGUCAAAGAGUGUCUAAAUUUAAUGCUGGAAAAAUCGGGAUUAUCAGGUGACAACUGGCAUUUGAGAAGGGUUGACUGGUGCUAUGAAGCAGGGGAAGCAUGAAGUCAGGAAAAUGCCACUCUGAAGGAACUUAAUGUUUGCAGAGGAGAUACUUUGGUUAUAACUGAAGGAAAGCUUCCAGCAAAGGUAGGCUUCCCUUGAAUCUUGAAAUCCUAGUUCUAUGGAUAGAUUUUCUGACUGAGGUGAGGGCAGCCGACUGCUUUCCCCGUCUGACUUUGCGCCGCCUUCUUCCCUAUCCACAAGUGUUCUUGCGAGCCAGAAAUGAUCGCGCGUGCUGAUUCCUAAGGUAAGCCAGAAAGGUUUGCGUUCGCAGGUUGUUCCGUGGCAUUGCACUUACUUUGCUGUCCCUUUGAAUUCCUCCAGUUCCUUGCUGGACAGCUGUCCUGAGCUCAGCCUUCCCACCUGCCUUUAAUAACUCCAGCCUCUUCUCGAAAACACGACGUUUGGAGAAAUGUAAAGACGGAUUCCAAGUGCUAACGUGGGGAUUUUAGUAUGUGCCUUUGUUCAAGUGUAAUGUAGCAGCGCCUGCACUGAACCAAUCUUGGAUUAUUUCUAAUGUUGGCUCAAAAUGCGUAUUUUUCUUCCUUAAAACUACUGUGGGUCAUUCCGCAAGGAGAGAGUUCGUUAAAAAGGGGGGUGGGGAGAGGGAACACCUUUUUAAAACGGAGUCUUUGUGAUUCCACAGUUUAUGACGGUUAUAUUCCAAAGCCUGGAAAAGCUUUCGUCUUUAUUUUUCAAGUGUUCUUCACAAAAUAAAAAGUCAUUUCUAGA